AUGAAUGAAAUCAAUUCAAAUCAAUUAAAUACUAAUGGUACUGUGACAUCAACUGAUUCAGGAGAAGAACAUUCACCAUUAGCUUUAUUUAUUCUUCAACGACCUGUAAACGAUGUUCUAGAAGAAAAAACACCUUAUUAUCAAUUAAAAACACCAUUAUGUGUAUCACACCGAUAUGAAGAAGAAUUUUUUAAUUAUUUUCAUAUGAAUUAUUUUGGUGAACUUGAACGUGAAGGUUUAUUUAUAGCUUCUGUUCGACCUAUUCGAAUAAAAUCAUAUGAAAUAUGUAGACAAUUAUCAUCUUUUGAUCCAGUGACAAAUGAUGAUGAAAAUGAAUAUUUAGUUAAAGCUAUUAUUCGUACACAGAAGAACAAUUAUGAUGUAUCAGGAAUAAUUAAUAUAAAAAAUGAAGACAACAUUUUACAAUUUCUAUUAGACAAGACUAAAUUAUCACCUAUUUGUCAUGUUGAACUUAUUCACGAUAUCACAGCAAAUGAAAAAAUUCUUGAGUUUGAUAAAUAUAAUGAUGAGCAACUUUCAAUGAAAAUUGGUAUUGUUUAUCAAAAUUUAAAUCAAUCAAAAGAAAUUGACAUAUUAAGUAAUAAUGAAAUGUCGACUGAAAUGGAAAUGUUUCUUAAUUUAAUUAGUGAACUUGUUCAAUUAAAAAAUUUUAAUAAAUAUCGUGGUGAUCUUGAUAUAAAAACUGAUCAACAUGGAAUUAAUUCUUAUUUUACUACGUAUCAAAAUCAUCAAAUUAUGUUUAAUGUAGCACCAAUGAUUCUAUCGGAUAAAAAUGAUCUUGAAUUUAUUCAACGAAAAAGUUUAAUUUCUAAUGCAUUAAUAUGUAUUAUUUUUCAACAAGAAAAUAAUCUUUCAUUUCAACCAAAUUUUUUUCUUGGAAAAGUAACACAAGUCUAUAUUAUAGUUCAACCAAUUCAUAAUCAAUUCAAUCUUUAUUAUAAAAUUGAAAUUUGGCGUCGUACUGAUAUUGAACCAAUAGUUAAUCCAUCUGUUGGUAUAUUUAAACAUGAUAAAUCAUUUCGUGAUUAUUUUCUUACAUUAAUUUUAAAUACAAUGAAUACAAUUUUAAAAAAAGAUUUUUUUCAAAAACGUAUUAUUGAACAAAGAUAUCGUUUAAAAAAUGAAUAUCUUAUGAAACUUUUUCAAAGAUUUAAUACUUAUUCUAAACAUGAAUUUUCAACAUCACAUAACAAUGAUAAUAAUAUACCUAUUGAAAAUUCAAAUAUAAGAGAACAAAUAACAUUGAAACAUUUUCAGGUUCCCAAGAUAACAAAAAUGAUGGAAAAAUUAAAUGUUCAUCAUCGAUCAAAACAACCUCUUCGUUAUACAGCAAGUGCAGAAAAUAUAAAUCAAACAGACAUUGUAACAUCACCAACAAUAACAAAACAAAAUCCUUGGACAUCAGUCAAUCAAAGACUAAGACGCCUUUCAUCUGCGACGUUAAAUGUUAAACAUUCACAUUCGCCAACUAGAGCCGAAUCUCCAUCGUCAUUAUUCAAAUAUGUUAAUUCUCAACAAGAAGAAGAUCUAAAGUCACCAGAAGAACCAUCAAUGAAAACAAUUUUAUCAUUGGCUAAGAAUAGAAAACAUUCUAUUGGACUGAGUCCUGAAAUGUAA